CCCACAAAGCAUGCGAGGAGGAGAACAUCCUCCCUCUUCGCACGGUUGCUUCUUCCCGUCUUUCCUUCUGACGCCGCGAUCCACCAAUCCCCUCCAUACGACCGCUCUACUAUGCUACAGUAUGUGCACGUGACUCGCGCGUGUGGAAGGGGAAGCGGAGAAGCUCGAGCUAUGGUUUAUGGGCCAUGCCUGGUAUAAAUGAUCGUGCGUAUUCGAUGAGUGGGUACAAUCGGUUCUAAUCGAUCACGCCAAUACGGUUGCUUUGCGAUAUAAAAGAAUGAUACUACAUAUAUUUAAACGAUGAUAUUUUGAUAUACAAGGAAAGUAACGAUUCAAAGACGAUACAGGGCAAUUACCAAUCAUGGAUUUCUUACAAGACAUGCUAUAUUAUUGGACAAAAGAGCUCGAUCCAAGAGUAGCCGAUCUAUUGUUCGUCGAUUCUGCUUAUCAAAUACCACUUAUAAUAUUUGCAUAUCUGUACUUCGUGGUCGUCUAUGGGCCUAAAUUCAUGAAGAACAAGCCGCCAUACAAAUUAAAGACUUUUAUACAAUUGUAUAAUAUCAUUCAAAUUUUCAUAAAUACGUGGUUAAUUUACGAAGCAACUGAUGCAGGUUUAUUCACGAACAAGAUAAUAUGUCUCGGUCCUGAUUAUUCUUACAAUUAUAAUGCAAUAAGGAUUACCAGAUGUGAAUGGAUUUAUUUAUUGUUAAAAAUAUUUGAUUUGGUCGAAACAGUCUUAUUUGUAUUAAGAAAAAAAGACAAUCAGGUAUCUGGUUUACAUUUGUACCAUCACGUCUCUAGUGUACUUAUAGUGUGGUUAUGUGUAAGAUAUUUGAAUACUACUUUCAACGGAGUUAUUGCCGCAAUCAACUGCUUAAUACACGUGAUAAUGUAUACGUAUUACUUCCUGGCAGCCUGUGGACCGACCGUCCAAAAAACUAUUGCACCUAUAAAACGCUGGAUAACUACAGCACAAAUGAUACAAUUUAUCGUGAUGCUAUUAUACGUAUUGCAUCCAUUGAUACUAUGUGACAAAAUCCCACGUAUUUGGUUCAUCAUAAUGCUUAUUAUACAUUUAUUAAUAAACUUUUUCAAUUUCUAUAUUUUCUAUGUAAGAUCGUACAAGAAAUAUAAGAAAAAUCAGUAAAAAUGUAUAAAAUCUUCAAAUUGCGCCAAUUAUAAAAAAAAUAUAUUGCUCUUUAAAAUGACUCCUGUAUUACUUUUAACAAAUAAAAUGCAAGUCAUAGUAU